AUGGUGAUUUCACUCCUUCAGCGUGCACUAUGUUCGAAAUGGCCUGAUGCAAGAGUGUACUCAUUUGGCAGUCAGGAUACGCAACUGUACUUACCGCAGGGUGACAUUGACCUCGUCGUCUUGUCAAAUGUGAUGAAUGACAUGCCUCGCGAGAUCACUCUCAGCGAAAUGGCUGCCUGCCUUCGCUCUUACCAGCUGGCAAUACAUGUUCAAGUACUUGCGCGUGCAAAAGUGCCGAUCAUCAAGUUCGUGUGCCCAUAUGGUCAAUUUAACGUAGACAUAUCGAUCAAUCAGGCCAAUGGUCUGCAAGCGUCCAAGUUUGUGAAUGGCUGGCUUAAAAAGCAACCGGCUAUCAGGCCUCUUGUCAUGGUCAUAAAGCAAUUCCUGCAACAGCGUGCCCUUUCAGAAGUGUAUACAGGGGGGCUCGGCAGUUACAGCGUCACGCUCAUGGUGCUGAGCUUCUUGCAGCUCCAUCCCAAACUGCAGCGUGGAGAAAUGUCUGCUGACAAGAAUCUCGGCACAUUGCUGAUGGAGUUCCUCGAACUGUACGGCAAAAACUAUGGCUACGAUGAGUGUGCUAUUUCAGUGCGUGGCCGUGGAAAAUACGUCAGCAAGAGGCAAAAAGGCUUGUAUGACUAUCGCAAGCCAUUUAUGCUUAGUAUUGAAGACCCACAUGACCCAAGCAGUGAUGUCUCAAGGGGCUCAUUCGCGAUUCUCAGUGUGCGUUCCGCGCUUGGUGGUGCUUUUGAUAUCUUACACGCUGCUCUUUGUGAGCGUGCGAAUGACUUGCAAAACUUUCGUCAUCGGCAGCAAACCUUGCGCAAUCGGCAGCAAAAAAACACUCAUAUGCAUUUUGCACCUGAGGAUGCCGAUAAUAGGCUCAACAUGACAUCUCAAAUCAAAGAGCCAGAGAGUUUGUUGGGCUCAGUCCUUGGUGUCUCGCGAGAAAUGAUCCGAAGACGCAACGACGUACGUUACCAUAUACGGCUAACCCUUGCAAAGAUCAAGCAGCUAUAUGACUCAGGCAUACUACAAAAGCAGCUGUAUGGCUCAGAAGCUGUACCGCAGCUUGCAGCAUCAUCAACGUUGGGCUCAAAAUUAGAUCGUCGUUCUGCUAAUGCUAGUGCAUCCUCCAGCAUGGAUGACGAUACUAGCGAUGCAUCUGUUGUCUUUUUGAAGUCCAAUCCGAAGCGACGCAAGCCCCAGCACGAUGAUGAUCAGGAUUCGUCGUCCGAAAGCAAGUACGGUUCUAUGCGGCCAAAAAAGCGCGCUGCGCAGGACCCUUGGAAAUCGCGCCCAAGUCUGGUAACGAGUGAUUCUGACGAUGAACAUCUGACAUCGAAGGAUGCACCGUACGUGCUAGUAUCGAGUGACAGUGACGAUGCGGCAUCUGAACCAUCACAUCCGCCGGCAGACCCCUCGCCUAGACCACCGACUGCUAGCACGCCCGUGAAAUCAACAAGUACUGGAAUAAGUAUUGCCGGCCGUGCAAAACGAACGAAACUCAGCAAACAGGAUCGUUUGCAGUACUGGCACAAUAAAGCUCUGGCUCCAGCGCAGACAACCGGCAAUGUGAGUCCAUAG